AUGAAUUACAUUAGGAAUCUAUUUAGAGUAUUAAAAAUAUUUGAUUGUUUUAGGAAGCCUUUAGAAAACCAAGGUUUUGAAUGGGAUUAUAAAUUCGAAUGGAUUAAAGAUGAAAUUAUAAAGGAGGAGAAAUUCAUAGGAGUUGCUAUCCCCCAAAAAACAGCAGACAUACCAGCCACUACUAAGCAAAGCAAUUUUUAAACUAUAAGAGCUCCCUUACUUAUGCAAUAUUAAUCUAGGUUGUCCUAAUAGGCAUCUUAAGAGAAAAAAAGAAACUCUUCUUAUAGUAAGAAUAAUAAUAAUUUAAACAAAUAAAUGACUGGAUUCCUGGCGCCUAAAAUUAAUACCAAUAAAGAGAGAACUAGAAAAUAUUGA